AUGAAAAUAAGUAGGGAAAAGUUUAUACUCCCAGUCUCUAUACCUCAAGAUGGCAUCGAAAUCGAUGAUGCAUAUGAAGAAGUUUUCUCUUUAUUCACAGAAGGGCGUCCAUUAGAAUGGCAACACAAUCGCGCAGUAAUACAAAAUAAAGAUUAUGUUGAAGUUUUAAUCGAUGAUAAUAUCAAUGUAAAGAUUUCACAGAAUCAAUCACUUCUUUCAGUACGAGGUUCAACAGGAACCGUCCUUUGGGACUCUAGUAUUUUGCUAACAAAAUUUAUGAAUGAUCAUCGAACGUGGUUAAAUCUUUCAAUUGAAAAAACAAAAAUCCUUGAAUUAGGUUCAGGGUGUGGGUUAGCAGGAAUAAGUCUAGUUCCUUUAGUUAAUUUGAUGGCAUUAACGGAUCAAGCAAAUGUAUUAUCACACCUUUGGAAAAAUGUUAAACGCAAUUUAAAUGAGGAUUAUUCAAAAGUUAUUGUAACAGAAUUAUCAUGGGGAAAAGAAAUUGAUAAAGAAAUCCUUCAACAUCAUUGGGAUUUUAUAAUUGCCAGUGAUUGCAUAUAUAAUGAAUUCAUAAUUGAUGAUUUUGUUAAAACUUUAACUAAAAUUUGUCUUUAUGGUAUAAAUCUUUAUCCAACGAUCGUCAUUAUUGCGUUAGAGCUUAGAUCAGAUACAGUUCAUUUAGAGUUUUUGGAAAAAAUGAAUGAAUUUGUGAUGUGGCGACUACCAAAUUCUAUGUAUAGAAGAGAAUUUAAUAGAGAUAGUCCUUCUUUUAUACUUCAGACUAAUUAA